AGCAGGACCAGCAGUACCAUCCGCGGGCGCCCCGAUGGGUACGUAUGUGGGAAGGGCUGGCGCCAGGCGCUGCAGCCGAGGCACCUGUGUGGGCUGCGCGCGUUUCCCGCUGAGGUGACCCCGCUGUUCGUGCGCGCGUAUUCGUCUGCGCGCGUCUAUAUACCCACUUCCCUCCUUAUAGGGUAGCCACUCGUCAGGGCUGCAGCCGUCGAAGGCGACGACCUGCAGCGCAGCAUCCUCGCCCGCUGCCUGCUCAGCCUCUGCUCAAACACCACAGCCAAGGAGAGUCCAGGCAGAAGAGACGGGCGCUCUCCUUGCCAGGCGAGAGGUGGCCGGGCGGGAAAGAGCCGUGCGCUCCUGCAAGCUGCACCCGCUGAAAUAGCCUUUUGCACACAACCGUCCGAACUGCCGUCUAUCAAUGCGGGUGCCCGUGUUACCAAGCGCUCCUGCGCGCCCUGACUGAAUAAGUUGUCUUAGGGGGGCCUUGAGCACUGAGGGGAAGACUUCCCUCAGGAAAGCUACGAGCGCGGGUUCUGACUCAGGCCCAUUUCAGACAGCCUUUCUCAACCUGUGCGUCCCCAGACGUUGUUGAACUACAACUCCCAUCGCCCCUAGGUAGCAAGGCCAGAGCUCAGGGAAGAUGGGAGUUGAGGGAUGAUAGGAGUUGUAGUCCAACAACGUCUGGGGACCCACCGGUUGAGCUCUCCCUCUCUCUCUUCCAACUUGAAUAAAAUAUGGGGGGGGCAGUUAAGCCCCACCUCACAUACCACAGUUCAGCCUUUCUCAACCUGUGGAUCCCCAGAUGUUGUUGAACUACAACUCCCAUCAGCCCUAGCUAGCAAGGCCAGAGCUCAGGGAUGAUGGGAGUUGUAGUCCAACAACAUCUGGGGACCCAUAGGUUGAGAACCGUUGAAACAGGCCUCUUCUCCCCUCCCCAAGAAAAGGGAGGAGAUGCCUCCCCCCUCCCCGUAACUGUAUCCCUGACUGAUCCACACUCCCACCCCACCCCAAACAAGAAUCCUGGGAACUGUAGUUUGCCAAGCUUUCUGAGAGCUGCAGCCCUGCGAGGGGCCAAACUACGGUUCCCAAGAUUCUUUGGGGUGAAGGCAGGAAACGUGUUUGAAAUGGUGCAUGGGCAUGUUGGCUGAAACCGUGAGAAAAGGUAAAGGGACCCCUGACCAUUAGGUCCAGUUGUGGCCAACUCGGGGGUUGCGGUGCUCAUCUUGCUUUCUUGGCCAGCAUGACUAAGCCGCUUCUGGUGAACCAGAGCAGCGCACGGAAACGCCAUUUACCUUCCCACCAGAGUGGUACCUAUUUAUCUACUUGCACUUUGAUGUGCUUUUGAACUGCUAGGUUGGCAGGAGCAGGGACCAAGCAAUGGGAGCUCACCCCAUCGCGGGGAUUCGAACCGCCGACCUUCUGAUCGGCAAGUCCUAGGCUCUGUGGUUUAACCCACAGCGCCACCCGCGUCCCACACGAAACCGUGAGAAGGGACUCUCAGAUGCCUGGGAGCAGCGCGGAAGUGCCCUGGGGAUAUUGGGCUGGGGGUGGGGAGAGAAAGAGAGACACCCCACAAAAAAGUUCCUUUCUGAGCAAGCCAGCUCUCAGGUUGUCUGCGGGCAAGCGCAGGCUUUCAAGGGCAAAUGGGAGGAAUUUGCUGGCCUCGGUUGAUGCUGGGUUCUCUUCCGGUGAGGGUCUGCUCUGCUUUCUAGGCAGCUGAACGGUGCUUUGGAGCCCCCACAAGAACAGCUCAGUCGGUAAAACAUCAGACUUUUAAUCUUAGGGUCGUGGUUUUGAGCCCCACGUUGGGCAUUGCAGGGGGUUGGACUAGAUGACCAUCAGGGUCCCUUCCAACUCUACAAUUCCAUGAGUCUAACGUGGUGCCCUCCAGAUGUUGCUGGACUACAAUUCCCACCAUGUUCGGCCAUCAAGCAUGCUGGCUGUGGCUGAAGGGAGUUGGAAGUCCAGCAAUAUUUGGAGAGCACCAUGCAGUCUAAAGCCAGGCAUGCUUCUUAGAGGCCUGGAGACGUGGUGGGAGAGGUGACUUGCACUUCUGAAAUCUAGGACAGCAGAUCCCAAACUGCUUGAAUAUUGCUGAGUUUUUCUGGAGGACUGCUUAAUUGCUGUUGUAGCAAUUGCAAUGUGCCAUGCCAGACACUCUGUGAAUUGCAUUUUUAUUGCUGCUUUCUUUUCUUAUAGUGUUUUUUUGUUGCAUUAGAAUUCCAAAGAAUUUGAAUUGUAAUGCAGUUAAAAUACAGUUCGAGAAAUAAAAGAAGCAGCAACAAUGCAGUUUAAAAAUAUAUCAAUGUGAAUAUUUAAUGAGGACAUGUUGCUGAAGAAAGACUUGCUUCAGCUUGGGACUCCCACAGCUUGGGAACCCCUGGUCUUGCAACUUCCUCUCACAUAAGUGGCACCUUUAAAAGAUUAACAGAUUUACAACUCCCAGAUUAGAGCCUAAUUCAAUGGACUCUGGUUCACAAAGAUCAAAGGCAGAACCACGGCUUCUUAUGCAAAGGUUUAGCCCCCAACACUGCUUGUCUUUCAUCAGUCACUGCAGGCAGGACUGAAAAAGAUGGGCCAAUGAUCUGGCCCUGAUAUAAGGCAGCUUCCUAUUCCUAAACUCACGUCAUCAUAAUCUAUUGUCAGUCUUCAAGGUGUCACAACAUUCCUUUUCCUUGUAUUUACAUGGCUCUCUGGCAGCUACUCCCAUAUACAGGUUUGCAGUCCCAGUUUUCACCAGAGCUUGGGCGCAUCAAGUUUAAACUCACUCUUGCACUUAGAGGCAAUAGCCUAUAAUGAAAUGCAGAAAAGGGGUGUGUCACAUCAACAUAUUUAGGUUAUUGGUAUUCAUGUAUUCAGAAGUUCAUAUGGAUACUAAAGAGAGAGCUAUUUCUUGUUCCUUUAUACUUUCAGUUAAGUGAGUUGUUUUUCUAAAAAGAUCAACACAAAUACUGAUUUGGCAUGAAAACAGAAGGGUUAAGUAAAUAGCCAACUGAAGAAACUGGGGCUGAUGAGUUUGUUGUCCGGCUAAUGUGCUGGUCUUAAGAUAAUUAGCUAUUAGUGCAUGCAACUGCUACCACCUUUUCCUGGCAGGGCUCCUAUGCCCUUAACAGCUGCAAAACAGACUCAGAUUAAAUGAGUGACACUUGUUUCAGUCACUGUGUUUCCACAGGGAAGGGGUGGAGAAUCAGUUUCAUUCCUCAUCUUUGGAGCAAGUAGCUUUGCCAACUCUCUUGUUGCUGCUCCUUUAAGAGCAGCUAGGCCUCCUGUAAUAAAUAGGUGGUGAUGUUUAGCCAUGAAGCAAAAAGGUAAACCUGAUGGUUUCUGCAUAACAAGACUCUGAGAAAGAGGCCAAAGCAACCUACAUUGUCUUUCUUUCCCUUCCCCCACCCCACCCACAAGUUGACAACCCUAGGGGUGAGUUUAGCUUCAAUUGACUCCAAAAAGACAUCUCAGUUAUGUCCAGUGAAGCCUAUUCUGACAGUGCAUGUGGUUUUAGAAGUGCAACCAAAUGUCUCAUGGUGUGUUCUUGUGAUACAUACUUUUUAUUAACUCAGAUCAUUAGUGUUUAUAAUACUUUUUAAUAAUAUUUUUUUAAACAAAGAGUGUGUAUUUUAAAAACCAGAAUGUAUACCUUUAUGGUGUGUGGGUGUGUAUAUCCACAUGUGCCCAGAGAGAGAAGUAUUUGGACCAUACUGUAUUACUAUUGAGUUAAAGUUACAAUCUAAAUAAUACUUUUAAGGCAGGAAGCUCCACUGAACUUAGAGGGACUUACUACAAGUAAGUCCAUGUCAAGGAAAUAUGACCUUUAUUAGGCCAACCCAAACACCAUGAUGGGAUGCGGGUGGCGCUGUGGGUUAAACCACAGAGCCUAGGACUUGCUGAUCAGAAGGUCGGUGGUUCGAAUCCCCACGACGGGGUGAGCUCCUGUUGCUCGGUCCCUGCUCCUGCUAACCUAGCAGUUCGAAAGCACAUCAAAGUGCAAGUUUGGCGGUUCGAUGCUCGGUCCCUGCUCCUGCCAACCUAGCAGUUCGAAAGCAUGUCAAAGUGCAAGUAGAUAAAGAGGUACCGCUCCAGCGGGAAGGUAAACGGCGUUUCCGUGUGCUGCUCUGGUUCGCCAGACGCGGCUUAGUCAUGCUGGCCACGUGACCCGGAAGCUGUACGCUGGCUCCCUUGGCCAAUAAAGCGAGAUGAGCGCCGCAACCCCAGAGUCAUCCAUGACUGGACCUAAUGGUCAGGGGUCCCUUUACCUUUACCUUUAAACACUAUGAUGUAGUGUCCAAGCUUUUGAGUUCUCCAGAACUCUUAAUCAGACUAGAUGGUAAACAAAGCAUGGUGGGGAUUGAAACUUUUGCAAUAACAUCAUGAAUCUGCAUCUAAUCAGAGUCUUAAAAGAGAAGGUAGGAGAAGGUAGUAAACAUUUAAAUCAGGCUCUUUUAGGUACCGGACACCAAGGCUUACUGAGAAGAGGCAUGGCAAACCUGAUCAGCAUCUCCUGAGGGUGGAGGAUGCCUGCUUUUAUUGUCUCCAUCCUUAGGUGAAACUGCAACUUCCUUGCUAAUUGUAACAGGAAUAAAGAGAAACUAGGCAGUCUUAAUAUUAACCAAGUUAGAAAUUAGUUUUUUCUGACCUUGGUAACAGUGAACUCUAUGCCAUUGCUAUUCCCUUUGUAGCUAAUUCUAUCCAUUUGCACAGGAAUACUUAAAUCCAUCCUGUAUUUCCCAUAUCGGUGCAGCAGUGUUGCACUGAUUCAUAUUGUGCAUGUUCAAAUAUUGACACUUCCAUUUGCAAGUGCAGAAAAGGCCAUUCGCCCCAGAGGCAAACUGUUCAUCUGUGGUAAAGAUGGAAACUGGCAAUCAGUGAUGUAUCUUUCCUUUGUACACAGGAACAAACUUUUGUUUUGUUGUUUUAAGUAGAAGAGGUGAUUGUGUGCUUGAAACAUUUAUUGUGCAUUUAGGUCCCAUUAUCUGAAAAUCAGAAUUUGCCUGAUAGGAUGCUCAGGAGUGAUUAAGCACCAUCAGUUUUGCAUUAUCACUCAAGUGUGUUCCAGCUGUUUGUUUUUAUUGGUUUUUGCAACUUCGUGCAAAAGCUGGUUCUUGCAUCUAUGAAGGGAUGUACAGAACUACCUUAUCAUGGACCAAAUGAGAUGGAAACAGAAUAGCACAGUUUUCCCAAUGGGCACCAUCCACUGAAGUGGAAGUCUGAGUAGGUCCUUAGUUCCACCAAGUAUUUUUUUUUUUGCUUUUGUGUUAUGUCUGAAGAUUAGCUAACCGUACUGCCAGUUGUUUAUGAACUCUGGACCACAUGUUAAUAGCUGCAAUAGCUUUCUCUUACGACCAAGAAUAUAGCUGUGAUAGAAAUAUGCUUAUUUCACAAAUCAGGAUGCUAAAGUACAAAUCCUUCUUGUUCUAGAGUCUUAUCUUCAAGAUAAUGAAGUUGGGUACAUAGUAGCACAAUAAGUGCUGACAUUAGUCAUGCAAACUUUUAAAAGCCUGAGGUGACAUAUACUUUAAUUUCUUUAUUCCCAUGAUAUUUACAAUGGGCAAACUUAGCCGGAAGUUGAGAAACUUUAGAAGUGGGUAGCUAACCCACAGCUUUUCAGAUGUUGGACUAUAACUCCCAUAAUCCCCAAUGAGUAUUGGAGCCUAAUGCCUUCUGGAGUGCUAUAGGUUCGCUACCCUGCUUUAGGGGUCUCAAGAAGCAAAGAGGUCAUUCUGUCACAGGUACAUAUUACCUGUACUUAAGACAUUGGAAUUCUAGGGGCAAAUUCAUCACCGCUAACUAAUGAAAACCCAUUGUUUGAUUCCAGCGGUACUUAGGUAUAACUGCUACCAUUAGUUGGAUUAGGGCCAAUGCGUGGCAAGAGAUAGCAAUGAUAAGAAACUGCACAGUGUCCCGUACAAGGCUAUAUAAUUAAUUGUGCAUAUCUCUGAAGCAGCAAGGAUAAAAAGGGGAGACCAUUCCUUGGAGCAGACCACCCCUGGAAGGGCAAGUUUGGAAUAAAAAUAAAAAUGGAAUAAAAAUGUAGCUUUAAAAUUCCAGAAUUGAAAAAGUGCUUAGGGCAACCAAAUUUGACUAUUGCAUUUCAAGUAUCACACAUUAAAUGUGAAAAGUGCAUCAUAAUCUGUGUGCUGCGUGUCCACGCAACCGUCUUCUUUUAAUUUAAUUUAAAAUUUUAUUAAAUUUUAUUAUGUCAAAACACCUUUAUUCCCCAUCCCCCGGUGGACUAAGCAGAUGAGACCAAUAGUGGGUCCAACAGUCAAGAAGGGAAGUGAGGGGCAGAUGGGGAUCAUCAGCCUGGGAAGGUAGCCCAAAAUCAGAAACAACAACAUCAACAACGCUGAUCAACUAUCACUUAUUUAAAAUUGAAAUCCCUUAUUUUAACAAACAGUUUAAAGGUUUAAUGAAAAUAGGGAAGGGUGGGACCACUGCAGUUGGAAUGAAAGCAGAGAGCAUUGCACAUAUGAUGACUACUUACAUUGCAUUAGGAGGUCAGGAAGACCAAUCAGAUCUGUUCUCCAGUCUCUGUAACUCCUGUUUAAAAAUGGGAUUUUCUUUUAUUGACAACCCCAGUAGAUUCUACUGGGCACCAUUUCAGAUAUUGGAGUGGAGUUGCAGGAGGGUUAGUUGCAAGCAAAUUGGUAAAUUCACAAGGCUGAUAUUUGGUUACGUACAAAAUUAAACGGUGGGAGUUCAGUCUUGGUUAAGAAUUUUGUAUGUGUGUGCUUACACCUCUUAAUAAAUAUUGGAAUAUGAGCUUGGUAUAAAUACUUGCACAUUUUUUAAGGCAAAGAGAUUUUGAGCUCUUGAUCAUGCCUGCUAUAUCUUUAUAAUAGUGAGUAAAUGUGGAAGCCACAGUGAGUUGGCUGAAGGGAGAGAUAGAGAGGAUUACUUAGAGUUGAUCAGUGGUGGAUCACAUUCAAAAGUGUGUGUGCUAUUUCUGCUACACAUGAAUCUGCUGUGCGCUCCACAUAUUUUACAAGAUUAAUGUGCGGAUUAUGAGCGAAUCUACUUAUAAUAGACAUCUGCAUCUUUUAAUCUUUUACACCUUUUUAUCCUAUGAUAUGGAACCUGUGGCUAGAUGGCAUUUAUUAUCCUUCAUGCAUUUCAUAGGCCCUUAAUUUCAUAUUUGGUCCUUAUGUCUCUAUACAAAAAUGUGGCUAAAAUCCAAUUUCCUCAACAGUAAAUUAAAAUAAUGUAUGUGCUCAUUCUACUAUUAAAUUUAUUCAGGCUACUUAUUGCUUUUUCUCCACCAUUCCCCUCACCCCUGUCUCAUUGCAGAGAAAAAUACCGGACCUCGAAGCCGUUCGGUAAGUGUUUGUGCUGCACAGUUUGGAGGGUUGUGUAUGUGCAUGUGUUGCGAGUAUGUUUGAAUUUUGCCUAGAACACGUCUAGAAAGUCUUAAGUAACUUAGGUUCUUUUUUUUUUAAAGCAAAUGCUUCCAUCACUAUUUCCCAUUACUAUUUAUAUGAUUUAUAAAGCUCCUUGCUCAUCCCUCCAGUACUGCAGGAGUGAGUGGCAAGCACAGAUAAGAUGCUGUUCUUGGUGAUUGCUCCACAUAUCUGCAGUUCUCUUCAAUUAAACAUUUGCUGACAUUUAAGCACAAUGCUCUCCUAGAAGCAACAGAACACAUCUUAAAAAACCUUAAUGCAAUAAGGAAAGGUUGAAUGAGCUGGGUAUGUUUAACUGUGAAAAAAGGAGACUGAGAGGAGAUAUGAUAACCACCUUCCAACAUCUCAAGGGCUCUCACAUGGAAGAUGGAGCAAGCUUGUUUUCUCCUGCUCCGGAGGGUGGGACUUGAACCAAUGGCUUCAAGUUACAAGAAAGGAGAUUCUGACUAAACAUCAGGAAGAAAUUUCUGACAGUGAGAGCUGUUUGACAGUGGAACAGUCUCCCUUGGGAGGUUGUGGACUCUCCUUCAUUGGAUGUCUCUCAGCAGAAGUUGGGUGGCCAUCUGUCAGGGAUGCUUUACAGGAGGUUGGACUAGAUGACCCUUGGGGAACCCUUCCAACACUACAAUUCUGUGAUUCUGUGACUCAAGGAUGAGCAAAAUUUAGUUUUGUUUUACAUUUAACUGUUACGUAUCUGGAAAUGAAUGGAAAAGGCUACUUAGAACCAAACAAACAGAGCAGCAACCACAAAUCUAAAUUGUAUUUGUUAGAUGAGCAUUUCACGAUCUUUUCCUACGAAGUUCAGAGCAGCAUGCAUAGGUAGUUUGUUUCCCAUCCAGCUACUCCCUAGGCCUCUAGGCCAGCCUUGCUCCAGGGGUGAAACUGCGCCUCACACUUUCACAUCAUUUUCUGGGCCCUGCCCACACGUUUUUCAUAUUAAUGGACGAGGAAGGACGCUCUGACAAUUCCUGACAGCCAAUACCUGUUCAGCUUAUCAGUUAAUCUUUAAGCAAUGCAAUCAUUGUCUGAUGUACCAGAAUUUCUGGAAACAUGAUUGUAUUAAUGCAAGCUUGUAACUGCUUUGAUGUUUCAUGUCUGGCCCAGGUUUACCCAUGCAAAGCCUAACACGUACAUUGGCACGUGGCCUUAGAAAGUAUCAUGAAAAUUAUGGGUGUGGCAAAACAGGGGAUCCUCCAGUUGUUUACACAAUGUGGCAUUUAAAUAUUUAAUUUUAAAAAAGCAGUCACAGUAUUUUAUAGGUAAAAAAAAUGUCUUAUAUUUUUCCAUCAAUUAGUAUUCUGUAGCUUAUCUUUUUUUAAAAAAAAAAACACAACACAAAACAAUUACCGAGUCUGUCAAGGGAGGAAUUGCAUUAUUUUUCCAACAAGCAAAAUACUUGCUCACAGACUCCAGCAAAAAGUACAUUCUCUUAGCACAAUCUAGCUCUGAGUUGGACACGUUCAGGCCUAUUGAAAUAAUUUUUAAAAGGCUUUAGUAUACUUAACCAAUGGGUUUGAUUGUAGCCUCAGUCAUUAGUUUAUCCAGAAUGCCUGACAUCAGCCCUACAUCUCUGGGCAGCAGCCAAUGGGCUGAUGCCUGCCGCUCUCCCCACCCCCUGUGUUCCCCUUUAGAAGAUUAUCUGGGUCUGGGGGCUGCCAUCUUCAUUUCCCACAAUGGGCUACAAUGUGGGAAAUUAACAUGGCUGCUCUUGGACUCAGCGGCCUGAUGCUGACCCAAGGUCACCUGGAAGAAGUCCACUUAGGUGGGUCCACUCAAACCUGGACUCUGCUCUCCAAAGAGAACAAGGCCUAAGAAGUGUGUGAGUGAAAGAAUCCAUAUUUUCUGUUUGUUGCAGAAAUAGGUGUGGGUUGUGUUGUUGUUGUUCUUGUUUGCUUUCCAGCCAAAUCUGUUUCUGUUAUGUUGUUCCGCUGUGAUAUUAUGUAUUUUAGUCGCCACCUCUCCCAUGAAAUGUCCUAAUUAUUCAAGCUAAUCUUCUUUUGAUUUUCUGUUCCAUCAGCCCGGUUGCUUUGGCUACCCGCUCAGCAUCUUCUUCAUAGUCAUCAAUGAAUUCUGCGAAAGAUUCUCCUACUAUGGAAUGCGAGGUAAUUUUUGCCUUUACUUCUGCUGGAUGCUUGUGGAUAUAGCGACAGAGCGCUUCCUCCCCUCCCUCCUUUCCCUAAUUACUCUCCUUGUUUUCUUUCCAUAGCUGUGCUUGUGCUCUACUUCAAGUAUUUUCUCAACUGGAACGACAAUCUUGCUACAGCCAUUUACCACACAUUUGUUGCCCUCUGCUACCUCACACCUAUCCUUGGAGCGCUUGUAGCUGAUUCCUGGCUGGGAAAGUUCAAGUGAGUGCAAUUUUAGAAUACCAGAAUAAUUCUGCGGAAGACGCAUCUGAAUUGCGUGAAGAGAGUCAAGCUGUUUCAUUUGAAGGGGCAUUACUUAAAAGAACUCUGGGCACAGAGGCCUGUGACAUUGCUUUAUAUAAAAUGUGCACAUAUUAAUUUAUAUGUAUAGAUGCCUCUAGGCAAAUUAAUGGGGUUGAGUAGCUGGGGUCCCACCAGCUUUCCAGUGUCAGCAGUUCGAAUCUGUGUGACAGGGUGAGCUCCUGUUGUUAUGUCCCAGCUUCUGCCAACCUAGCAGUUCGAAAGCAUGCCAGGGCAAGUAGAUAAAUAGGUACCACUGUGGUGGGAAGGUAAACAGCAUUUCAUGGUGUCCUGUUGUGUGAGAAGCAGUUUAGUCAUGCUGAUCACAUGACCCAGAAAGCUGUCUGUGGACAAACUUUUCAGUCCCUCGGCCUGAAAAGCAACAUGAGCGCUGCACCCUAUAGUCGCCUUUGACUGGACUUAACUAUGUAGGGGUCCUUUACCUUUUUACCUUUUUACGUAUACACACAUGUCUGAAAGAUGGGGAAAGGAGCUUUUGUGGAGCUAACAAAAGCUUUGGCCUAAUACUAAGAUGAAGUAGAGCUUCUACUUCUCCCUGUUAACCUCCAGGCAGAUGCUGUGCACUAAUGACAACAGCAAGGCAGGCAGAAAUCCACCAAAUCUACCUCUCCUUGGGUUGAAGACAAUGAGAUUGAAUUUCUGUCUGUUUUGCUUCUAUAAAGAUGUAGGCAUUGGCCUGGGCACAUCAUUCUAAGCUGUCAUGCAGAUGUGCAAAUAUGCAGGCUUCCACAGAGGAGAUGGCAGCUGCUUUUACUUUUUCCUGGAUGUUUUGCUGCUGCACUGAGCAAAACCAUGGCUUGACAGGCUGCAUUCACAGUAAUCAAUUUCCAGCACAAAAAUGUAGCUUUCCUCAAACUUUAAAUCAUUCAUGUUUGUCCUCAACGUGUUGCUUUUAAUGUAGGUUGAUUCUAGAACCUGCCAUUCACAAGGGUUGGUGUGAUUACUCAAUGCACAGUUUGAAAACCCUCCCCUUGAUUAGAUUAUCCUUGUCUUUUCCUCUCUGCCCCUAGUGAAUGAAGCAGGACAUGGGGAUUGUGAUUUUAGUAUAUGCCAACGGUGCAUAUAUCUGUUUUCAAAAGGACACACUGGGGCAGUGUAGAUGCAACCUGCUACGAGCUUGUAUUUUCAGAAUGAAACCAGUUUCUCAAGAAGCACUUUUCAUGGGCAAAAAUAUACAAUGGAAUUUAGAUCGCAUUUGUACUGCAUAGAAAAAAACCCCCAAGUGCUCCAUCUCCAUUGAUUCGAUAAUGAAUGUGUAUAUGUAGCCUUAGUGUGUUGUCUGAAACCAGACUAGCUAUGAGUUCUUUUAACGAGGGUUGGUCUUAUGGUUGAUGGCUUGUGGUUUAUCCAGGGCACCUAAACCACAAGCCUAGAUUCAGACAACAUGCCAAACCAUGGCUUAGUUUGGUACAAUGGCAGAAUGACCAAGAAGCAGUAAGGUGGCUGAAACCUUGAGUCCUGAAGGCUGCAUGCCAAUGCUAAGCCAUAGUUAGGAUUAGCAUGACAUGUAAACUAGGCCAAUGUGUAUUUUUUUUAAAAAGUAAGCUGUAACUUUGUUUUGUUUUGUUUCCUACAUGGAAAUGAAAUUAGUAAGCUUUGAAGUCUUAUGAGACUAGUUACUUAGUAGUUAAUAGUAUUUGUAAAACCUUUUUAUAAAUUUCACAUUUCAGCUUCCAACUCAGACAUGUAUCAUUCUUGGUUUUGUGCAUUUGGGAUGUGUCAUCCUUUUGUUUUACUUAUAAAAUGUAUUAGCUUUUUUUUUUUUAAAAAAAAGUGCUAUCUAUCAUCUAUCUAUCUAUAUCUGUGUAUCUUAUACAAAUAGAAACUGAAGUGCAGAUUGCCAAACAAUUGUAUCGGAGAGAGGAUGUGUACAAGAGCUUGUUAACUAUUAUAAUGAGUAUCAGGCAGGUUGGCCACAACAAUUAAGAAAUGUUCAGGUCUCAUGUUGCCAGUCCCUGCUCGGUUUUACCCUGUGUGAGUAGGAGCGUGUCUUGAAGUUCCUCUCUACUCUGUUAGACUGGGCGUUCCAGUUUUGUGGGAGAGAGUAGAUGCCAUGGGUGAUACCUGUUGCAUGUAAAAAUUGGACAGCGCCAAUUACGUAAGAUGCAAUACGUGGUAGGUCAUGCUGUCAUUACUGUAGCAUUGAAUAACCUACAAAUAACAAUCAGCACAUUUUUCUAUCCCUUUUUCCAACAUGAUGACUCACCUUGGUCAGGAAAAGGGCUGUAGCUCAGUGGUAGAAGACAUUGCAUGCAGAAGGUCCCAGGUUAAGUUCUCUGCUUCUCCAGGAAAGACUAGGAAAACCUGGAGAGGCGAUGUCAGUCGGUGUUGUCAAGUCAACACGAAGCUAGAUGGACCAUAAGGCACAUUCCAAUCUUCCUGAAAUGUUUUCCUGAGAAAAGAAGUUUCUCUUCCUGAAUUUAGUCAAUGCUGUGUUUUGCAUUUUCUUUUUGAGCUAGCUAUAUGAUAGUACUUUUCCUACCUUCUGCUAAGUAUGAUUGCUUAGUAAAUCCCUAGAUGUUUUUCUUUUAACUGAAGAAAAUUGCAAUGCAGCAAAUCCAAUCUGAAAGCAGGAAACGGGUUUUGCACAGAGGCCUACUGCCCUGGGUGCAUAGAAAUUUUGAUUCCCAGGGAUAUGCAUAGGCAUGAUUAUUACAAUUUGUAUAGCAAACACAGUUGCUGCACGUACGUUGCUGCUUUCCUUAGUGAAACCAUAAAGCAGGAGCAGGACCCUAGUGUCCUCCAGAUAUGGUUGCACUACAACUUCCAUCAUCCUUGAACGUUGGACAGGCUGAGUGGGUCUGAUAGGACUUGGAGUCCAAGCACAUCUGGAGGGCCAUCCCCUGCGUUAAACUGUGGAAUUACCCUUAGUUGGAGCUAAACCCCAUUGAAAUCAACUGGACUUACUUUUGAGCAGAUGUUGAUAGGACUGAGCGGUUAAUCAUUCACCGUACUUUACAUAUUUGGUAUAUUGUCUUUACAUAAAGAGCAAAAUAGGAUACUGAGCAUGGAAGUAGUGCAGCAAACAAAUGUUGAACGGACAUGGAGUGCUCACGUUCAACAACAACAUGCUCACCUCUUUGUUGUCAUGCUUUAGUUGUCUAAGCAAAAUGCAGCAUAUUCAAGAAAGAUAAAGGGAUUGUGUCAUUAAAAAAUACAUCUUUUGUCUGCUUUCUUCUUAACAGGACCAUUAUUUCCUUGUCGAUCGUGUACACAAUUGGGCAAGCAGUCUUGUCGGUAGGCUCCAUACAUGAUUUGCUGGAUCAAGACGGGGAUGGUCGUGUAGAUAACGUUGCGAUUCCCAUGUAAGUUGCAGCAGUUACUUCUGCUCUCCUUGUAAGUGCAAAUUGGAAUCGAGUGGUUCAAUUUAUCCACAAAUCCUCUGUUUACUGUGAUUUGAACUGUUGCAGCCUUUGUUCCUUUCUUUGCAUAACCAUAUGACUCCUAUCACAUGGCAAAGUCCAAGGAGCUUUAUUUUGCUAUCUCAAUAAAACUGCAGCUAUCCUUUGGAGGAAGUGUUUCAAUUAUCAUAUUUUGUUCGUGCCUUGAAAACUGCGUGUUGUUUUUUGGCGUAGACAUCAGCCAAGACAUGUUGUUUUUGGCGUAGAACUUUUGUAAUCUCCGCAAUCCUGUCAGAUAAUCCUGUCACCUGCUUGAAAAAUAAUUGCAUAUGCCUGAAAACUUAUUGCCAGAUACACAACAUGGAGAUUCAGUUGAAAACUAACUUUAACUUUUGCCCCUUGAGGCACCAUAGGUCAGCAGAAGUUCUCUGGUCAGAGUAGAGACAUACAAAAGGAGGAAAAACUUGUGCAUUCAGCGAAUCAGCAACAGCAAACCAGAGAACAAUAUGGGACAGCGGCAUUAUUAGGUCGUGACUCAAGGAGCUCAGGCACGGAGUCUUCUGUGCUAGGCACCAGAUCUAUUGCCUCUCCACCUGUAUCUUUAUACUUAUGGAGAAGUUCAGCAUGUUCACAUUUACUUCUGUUACAUGUGAUUGCUUUGCAUUUGGAUUGCCUACCAGCGUACAACCCAGUUUCUUAAAAGAGCAUUCUUUGCUGUGAGCAUAUUUGUAUAUUUAAAAUAGUUGUAGCAUACCCAGGGUCCUUAUGGUGAAGGGUGGGUAAUAAACUGAAACAACAACUAUUAAUCUAUUUAUGCUAUUGCAGUGCUUUCUCUAUGGUUGGUUUGAUCCUUAUUGCUUUUGGAACUGGAGGAAUCAAGCCUUGUGUAGCAGCUUUUGGUGGAGACCAGUUUGAGGAUCAUCAGGUAAGAAGUUCCAGAGGCGAGGCACUUAAUUGGGCUUCAUUUUUAUUUGGAGUAAGGUCACUAAAAUCUUAUUGGCAUUUUGUAACAUAUUUAUGGGAUGCGGGUGGCGCUGUGGGUUAAACCACAGAGCCUAGGACUUGCUGAUCAGAAGGUCGGUGGUUCGAAUCCCCACAACGGGGUGAGCUCCUGUUGCUCGGUCCCUGCUCCUGCCAACCUAGCAGUUCGAAAGCACGUCAAAGUGCAAGUAGAUCAAUAGGUACUGCUCUGGCGGGAAGGUAAAUGGUGUUUCCGUGUGCUGCUCUGGUUCGCCAGAAGCGACUUAGUCAUGCUGGCCACAUGACUCGGAAGCUGUCUGCAGACAAACACCGGCUCCCUCGGCCAAUAAAGCGAGAUGAGCACUGCAAUCCCAGAGUCGGCCACAACUGGACCUAAUGGUCAGGGGUCCCUUUACCUUUACCUUUACUAAUUUAUUUACAAACAUACUGGUUGAGCCACAUCAGAUCUCCAGAGACAGGCAGCUCCACAAAGGCACUUUCCAGAGCUUGCUUUCUCAUUGUUUCAUCUAAAACUCAUAUCUGAAAAUGUUUCUACUGGUUUUUUCCACUUACACCUACCUUUUCCUCUCCAUCUCGCUGAAGUAUUGCUGUGCAGGAGGAGAAGGAAUGAAGAUGAGAAAUUUUCUCCAACCAUUUCCUAACCUAGUUCCCUAUAAUUUCCCUAACAUAAAACGUGGGUAGUUCUACCAAUGGCUAUUAUGGAGUAUCAGUUUGUAGUCACUACGGCUCCAUUAACCCUGUCCUGUCCAAAUAAUAAUAAUCCACCCAAGUCACAACACUAUUGAAAUGUAGAAUUUGCUUCUUAAAAUCUAUCAUGGUGGUUUUGCAAAAGUAUGUUUUAUUUAUAGCAGCCCUGCAUGUAUGCAUGGAUGUAUGUGUGUAUACAUACACACAAACACACACAGAGACACAAACACACAUGUACAGAUGGACAUUGUCUCCUGUGACAGACAGAUGCCAGCAUAUAUGAGCAUAAACUGUAAAAACUAAAGCCCUCACAGUCAAGCACUAGGCCAUUAUUCUCUGACCAUUAGCUGAAUUAGCAAUUACUUUGCACUUUGUGCUUUUCAAAAAAUAGGCUUCCAAAAAGAUAUUUUGCACUAAUGUUCUCCCUUGUAUUUCAGGAAAAACAAAGAAAUAGGUUCUUCUCUAUAUUCUACCUGUCCAUUAAUGCUGGAAGCCUUCUUUCUACUAUAAUCACACCAAUUCUUAGAGGUAAAAAUUGCUUUUCUAAUUAAUGUUUGUGUGUGUGAGAAUAUUAACCAACCAACAUAAUGGUCAGGGUUCUAAGGGUGUGUCCAGACUGCUACAGCCAUAAUUACUUGAAUGUAAUGUACACCUUUUUUUUGCCAAAUCACGUCACGAAAAUUAGGGGGGCGCAUUGGAUUUGAUGGCACCUUUACAUUUGCCAGAUAAUACUUUUUGGGUUUCAAGGUUUUGAAAACUGAGGUGCGCAUUAGAUUUGAUGGCUAGAUUAGAUUCGCAUAAAUAUGGUAUUUUCAGAUGGGAUUCAAUCACAUACCACCAAAUUCAGGUUGUGCAAGUAUAAAGUUCCCUACAAAUUUAGACUUUUAGCGAUAAGGAAAGUGACGGCACUGGAAAACGUGAGAUAACUUGCUUGACACAAUGUCAUCUAACCUCCCCCAAAAACAAAUCAAGGUGAAUUCCCAAUAAAUAGUCUGUGUUGUCUAACCUCCCUAGAAACUUUGCGCAGCAAACAGGUUGUCUGUGAGCAGCCUUAAGAAAUGAUGGCAAGGAGACUGGGCAAAAGUGUACACAAAAGUUUCAGUGGUGCCAUUUAGUGAUGACACAGCAGGAGUUAGGCCAUUGUGUUAUUGGUAGGAUUAUUCCUUAGAAGCAUCCCUGCCUCUGGCCCAUUCACUGAGCUGCAUGAACAGAAUUCCACUGCUGCUUCCUUUCUACAAUUCCUUAUCUCCACCCCACCACCCAAAAAGACAUUUUAGGAGGGUGAAGGGACUGCCUAGCAAGUGUGUGGUGCAGCAUGGAGAUUUGUGAGGCAUAAAAUGGAGACACACCUCUUUUGUCGGGCGAAGAUCUCGUUCCACUUCUGCAGGGUCCUGUUGGAUCCAAGCCAACGGCUCCGUGUAGUAAGGAGACCACCAUUAGCAACAUUUAAAAGGGCCUAUGCAUGGCAGAGGUACAAAUCUUUUGGCUGGGAAAAAAGAGGAUAACUUGCCAGUGUUAGUAGUAUCAACAUUAUGGUUUUGUAAACAUAAAGUCAUUGUACCAAAUGUUCAUAAAAUACAGGGCUUUCCCCCUCAAUGUAAUCCUGAAUAUAUAUUGAAGACCAUGCUUCCAUACCCCACUGAGAAUCUCUACUCUCUCCCAUACAAAUCUGAAAUGAGACUCCUCCUGAGAAAUAUCUAUAGUGGUUACUCUGAAUAUGUGCGAGAAAAUAGAUAGAUAGAUAGAUAGAUAGAUAGAUAGACAGAUAGACAGAGGUAGAUGGGUAAAAUGUAGCCUACACAGGCUUCUGCUCAAGGAAAGAGUCAUGAUAAUAUAUACUGUUUAUUUAUUCGAUUUAGGGGUGGAAUGUGGAAUUCACGUCAGACAAAAAUGUUACCCUCUCGCAUUCGGUGUUCCUGCUAUACUAAUGGCUGUUGCACUGUGUAAGUCAAAUGCUUUUUCGUUUUCCACUUACCUGUCGUAUUUGCUUUAACUCUCAUUUGCUGCAUUUUGUUGCAGUCUGGGUUCCAGAGGGAGCAAUUGUGCUCUUUCUUCAUUGAUUUUUAACGUUUUUUUACCUGCAGGCCGGCAAGGGUAGGAUGGACAAUGACAGGAAUAUAAUUGCACUGCAAUUUUGAAAAAGAGGGUUUUUUUAAAAAGAAAAAAUGUAGUAGCACUAUUAAAAUAGAAAUAUCAGAAAUGGGAUGCAACCUCUCUGUUGAUCAUCAGAUCAGAUUUACUCAGAGUAGACCCACUGAAUUUAAUGGACAUUGCUUAUGUCCAUUCCAGUGGGUUUAUUCUGAGUAGAACUUAGCUGGAUAGAACCCAUAGGUUUUCUGGUAACCCACUUCCUUGUUUCAUCCUAUCUGGAUCAGCUGUGUAUAACCUAUGGAAAUGCAAGCUGCCUACGUCCAUGCAAGCCUUAUUUUAGAUCCAGCUCUGAAAUUGGCAGGCUCCCACAUCUUUUCCACAGCUAAAGUAAAAGCAACUGGACCACUUUCUCGACAGAAAGGAUUAGCAACCCCCUCAUCUUCCCAUCUGCAUAGGUCUUUCUCAUCAGAUUGCAGCCUUAGUCUGUAAUAUGAGGGCUGUUCCUCCAGUGAGGCAGUGCUCAGUAGACUGUAAACUUUUUGUAACUUUUAGAGAGCAAACCCUAACAUUACACUAGGUUCUGGAGCAGCACGCCAGGAAUCUGCUGUUCUUAAAUUAAUGUUUGGGAAGCUGUCAGACUUAGUAGGAGGAAUGUGGUGUUGAUGAAGGAGUGGGUGGGAGAGAGGAGAUAAGAACUGGGGUGGCUAAAAAUGAAACGUGUGUCGUUGGGAAGGAAUAUCAUGCUAUGUUGAACUGAGAGGAGAUGGGGAAAGAGUUAGCAAACAAAAACAGCUGUAAAGAAAGUGGAAGGAUGACAAGGAUAGGACUUUAUUUGAAGGGGGGAAAGGGUGUUAGAAGGGUGUGUGGCCAGUCCUACAUCCUCAGGGGCACACAUUCGCUCUUUGCUUCAUCAACCCAGGUAGUGGUGGUUGGUGCCUAUUGGUAUUGGUUGGGUACAAGGUGGGGAGACCAACAGCAGGUGGCUCUACAGCCAACAAGAAGCAGAGGCAACUAAUUACAGUUUUGUCUACAUCCUCCUCUCUGCUUAAUUCUGCAAGGGCCAUGCGGAGCUGGAAGAAGUGCCACCCCUUAGACUAGUUGUAAGAAGGCAGGUUGAGGUUAGUGGUCCCAUUCGCUCUAAUGAACCAACCUCCACUGAAUCCAGAUACUAGUCACAAGGCCUGAUGCUUCGUGCUGCCAGUGGAGACCUAAACCUCUGUAUUUUGCAAUGGUAUCUCUUGCUGAUGCUUAUGGGCAGUUACAGUGUCAUCCUGUGUGAAGCUUUUGGUGGAGAAAUGAGUUAGAUGUCAAUGAGGAGGAACUCCUUUGCCACAGCUCCUACCUGAGCUAAGUUGUGAAAGUAUUAAACUCUGAACGCUGUGAUUUUUGUACUAGAUCUUAAAGUGACUUCGUCAGCCGUUAUGAAAAUUUGAUUUACCAGACUGCCUUUUGGCACUUGAGAAUUUGUCCCUGUCAAAGUGUUACAGUCGAAACGUUGUUACAUAUCUUUCCCUCUAUUGUAAUUUGCACAGGAAUAUAAGUUAUUGUUUUAUUUCCUCAAUACAUUAUUUUCACCUGGGAAACUCAUAUGAUAUGAAUUCUACAUAUUAGUUUUAAUGACAGAUUCCAACCCUAAGAUAAAGGGCUCCUCCCCCUCCCUGUAACCAUCAACAUUAGGUUACAAUUAUUAAAAGGAAGAUGAGUUCAAAUUGUUUGCAUUUAACUAUUUUUGAUUGUGUAUGGGUUUUGUAAUACUCUCAUGUUCAGUCUGUGUGCAUGUAUUUUUGUGUGCAGUGCCAGCCCUCACUUUCUUCCUCUCUCUGUUUCUUGCUGUGGUUUCUCUUGAUAACCUACACUGUAUUUGAUGUUUAUGGCCUGUGGACCAAAUAAACUUAAUGUAAUGUACAUUCUGUGUCCAGGGCAGCUGUUUAUCAGCUCUAUCUGGUACGCAGGCUGAGACCCUACCUGCCCGCAGACUGCCUUGCCAGAGUGGUGCAUGCUCUAGUUAUCUCCCGCUUGUACUACUGCAAUGCGCUCUAUGUGGGGCUACCUUUGAAGGUGACCCGGAAACCACAACUAAUCCAGAAUGCGGCAGCUAUACUGGUGACUGGGAGUGGCCACCGAGACCAUAUAACACCGGUCUUGAAAGACCUACACUGGCUCCCAGUAUGUUUCCGAGCACAAUUCAAAGUGUUGGUGCUGACCUUUAAAUCCCUAAACGGCCUCGGUCCAGCAUACCUGAAGGAGCAUCUCCACCUCUAUCGUUCUGCUCGGACACUGAGAUCUAGUGCCAAGGGCCUUCUGGUGGUUCCCUCACUACGAGAAGCCAAGUUACAGGGAACCAGGCAGAGGGCCUUCUCGGUACUGGCACCCACCCUGUGGAACGCCCUCCCACCAGAUGUCAAAGAGAAAAAUAACUACCAAACUUUUAGAAGACAUCUGAAGGCAGCCCUGUUUAGGGAAGCUUUUAAUGUUUAAUAGGUUAUUGUAUUUUAGUGUUUUGCUGGAAGCUGCCCAGAGUGGCUGGGGAAACCCAGCCAGAUGGGCGGGGUAUAAAUAAAAAAAAAUUAUUAUUAUGCACCCUGGAUCUCCUUGCAUGGCAUGGUCUUGCCCUGUCGCAGAUUGCUACAACCUCAGCAAAUCUUGGUGUUCUUUAUUUUUCUCUGCAGUUGUGUUCAUAGUUGGAAGCACAAUGUACAAAAAAGUUAAACCUCAAGGCAACGUAAUGGUCCGAGUUGCUAAAUGUAUUACGGUAAGCAAUAUACAAUUCAUGGCUAGCAUUUUCAAGGACAACUGUUAAGUGUCACAAAAUUAAGUCUCUAAUAAUUUUUUUUUAUUUCACCCCCCCCCCCCCGAGUUUGAUCCUAGAGAGACAAUAGUUUGUUACACUAACUUCAGUUUAAAACUGAAGUUAAUGCCCUUGUUGAGUGGUCAUGCCACUCAAAUGCUGUGUAUACACUAUACUUUUAAAGCACCUUUGAAGCACAUUUCUCCCCUCGAAGGAUUCUAGGCACUGUAGUUUGUUUGCUGAGAACUGUAACUGUGAGGGGUGAAAUACAGGGCCCAGAAUUAUGUGAGGAAAAUAAUUUCCUUUAAAGAUAUGUUGUGCACACAGUCAAACAUUAGGAUUACAUUAUAAGUCCCUACAAUAAUUCUAGAUGAUAGAUAGAUAGAUAGAUAGAUAGAUAGAUGAUAGAUUAACAGAGAUUAAUGCCUUUAACAUAGGAGCCUAGUUUUAGUUUGAAUUACUUUUCUAGGUUCUUCCUAAAUGCCACUCUGGAAUUGUCAGGAACAUCUAGAUAAAGAUUUCUCAAACUUGGGAAACUUACCAGCCGUUUUUGGACUGCAGUUCCCAUCAUCCCUGACCACUGGUCCUGCUAACUGGGGAUGAUGGGAGUAGUAGUCCAAAAACAGCUAGAGACCCAAGAUUCGGAAACCCUGAUCUAGAUUGUCUGGAACAUUGUGGAAAAGCGAUAUUUAAAAAGCAAACAGCUGCCAAUAGCACCUACGUCUAGACAUAUAUAUAGUACAGAAAACAGAGGUUUUGAGGUCUCUGCUGAUAUAACUCUGUGAAGAACAAAAUAAUACAUUUGCAUUUAAAAUGCAACAACUUUAUUAAUAAAGCUACCAAAAUAGCUCAGACAGUUUACAGUAAACCCUUUGAAAGGAGGGGGAGGUGGGCAGUGAUGGAAGUUGCCAUAUCCUGUUGGCAGAGUUUCUGUCUUUGCUUCAUUUUGCAUUUCGGUCUGCUGGGAAGCAGUUUCCUUUCCACAAGAAUUUGUGAAAAUAAUUUUGGGGGGAAACAACAACAUUGUUUAACCAAUUGUAAAUGGUCUCUUUGCAGUUUUCUAUUGGAAACAGAUUUAGACAUCGCAGCAAGCAAUACCCCAAGAGGGAGCACUGGUUGGACUGGGCUAGCGAGAAGUAUGAUGUAAGUUGUGCUAGUUGUCUGUUCAGAGAGCUUAAAAACCUGGCCCCUUAUAUGACAUAUUUGCCUUAUACUUAACAAUACAAAGUUUAAGGAGAUUCCAUGACUUCUGGCAUCUUGAACCCUUUGUAAAAUCUCUCUGCCUGUUGCUUCCAAGUCCAGUAGAUCACACAGGGAUUUACAGCUGAUUGGAAAGGCAACAGUCAUCAAAUAAGAUCUGAACCCACAGAGCUUUAAAUAAGUGCUUGAACUAGUGUCAAAUUAAAAGAAAGAGGGCUCUGUGCGUAAGCAUCACUUAAGACCUUAAACAGUGUAUGGCAGCUUUCUAUGUCCAGUAAGUCACUAAGCUGAUCUAAGGGAAGCAGAAGAUCAAAAUCAAUAAAUGCAAUUGAGACAGUUGUGCCUAAUCUGCAAUGGAGAUCUGGUGUUUAAUUUACCGAUCCAGUCUUUGGCAGAUAAAGAUGCUGCAUUGUUUCUGAAAUAGAACCAGUAGUCUCCUCCUUGUGCAGCCUAGAUUAUGUGUGGUCCAAAUUGGCCGCAGUUGGAAAUGUGCUUCCUAUAUUCUGUAUGUCGGUUGUGUUAUCUCUGUAUUGUUCUGGCACAUUUGGGCUCUGCCUAGGCUGAGACUCUACCCUCUGACAUAAUUUUAAGCCUGGGAUUAUCUCUCUCUGUAUUCCAAUAAUUUUGAUCAUGGCCCGUACAUCAAGAGUUACAGGACGGUAGCUUUGUGAUAAGGGGAUGGGCCGUUCUCCAGAUGGACUAUUAAUAAAUCCAGCUUCCACAACUUCCUUUCCUAGCCUUUGAGUUGGUCGCUGGUAUUUCUGAAGGGUGCUGUUACCUUCUCUAAUCUCAUUGUAAACCUCAUUCUUAAAAUGUUCGUAUUUAAUUAUUAUUAUGAUUUGUUUCACUCCUUUGUUAUAGAAACGACUUAUUGCCCAGACAAAGAUGGUCUUAAGAGUGCUGUUCCUGUAUAUUCCUCUUCCCAUGUUUUGGGCACUUUUUGAUCAGCAGGUAACUUUGAAAAGAAAGUUGUUAACAAUUUAUUCAGGUGUUUAAAAAGCUCCUGUCCCCACCCCAUCUAAGUCAUGAUGUAUCGUUGGAUAUGCACUGUUUAUUUUUUCAAUAUUUUUGUUAUAAUACUUUUCAUUAUUAUUGGUAGGUGUUUUAGCCGGCAGAACAAUCUUGCUUGUAAAAAAAUUAAUUAAUUAUGUGUCCACUGAUGUAACAUACGUGAUUACGUGUGAGAGAAGGCACAGCAGAUUUUUCACCUAUGAUUGUCCACUUAGAAGUUAUUUGCUGAGUGUUAUUUUUAUUUUUUGGGGGACGCGGGUGGCGCUGUGGGUAAAAGCCUCAGCACCUAGGGCUUGCCGAUUGAAAGGUCGACAGUUCGAAUCCCUGCGGCGGGGUGCGCUCCCGUUGCUCGGUCCCAGCGCCUGCCAACCUAGCAGUUCGAAAACACCCCCGGGUGCAAGUAGAUAAAUAGGGACCGCUUACUGGUGGGAAGGUAAACGGCGUUUCCGUGUGCUGCGCUGGCUCGCCAGAUGCGGCUUUGUCACGCUGGCCACGUGACCCGGAAGUGUCUCCGGACAGCGCUGGCCCCCGGCCUCUUGAGUGAGAUGGGCGCACAACCCUAGAGUCUGUCAAGACUGGCCCGUACGGGCAGGGGUACCUUUACCUUUACCUUUAUUUUUAUUUUCGGUAUGCCUAUAGGCUGGCAAAAGCUUCUAAAAAUUAGUUGUUCUUGCCUUUUGGCAUUGUUGAUAAAAUUACUUAUUCGGUUUCUUACCCAUAGUUCUUUACAACAUAGACACAAGGUGUCCUAGUACAGCAAAUACUUUUGAUAUUCUGCAGACACUUACUGUACCCUGAGGAUAUUUAGUGACAAUUGCUUUUUAAAAGAAAUUUCUAAUGUUUUCUUUCAAAGGGAUCACGAUGGACAUUGCAGGCCACAACAAUGGAUGGAGAUUUUGUAAGUUGUUUCUUAAACUUUCACACCUGCUUGAGCUCUGGGCAGAUCUUAGAUUGUAUGUUUGGAUGAUAAUAAUAAUAAUAAUAAUAAUAAUAAUAAUAAUAAUAAUAGACAAAAUUUGGUCUGAUCCAGCUGUACAUGCAUGGAUACUCCUGGCUAGAUUGGGCAAGGAUAUUUAAAGUUUCAACUUACAAGUACCUUAAAACUAAGAUAUACAUCUCUCUCUUUUUCUCCAGGGCCCUGUUCAGAUUCAGCCAGACCAGAUGCAGGUGCUGUAAGCUUUUAUAUUUAUGUUUUCAGCUAUUUCAAGCGACCUUUAUAUAAGCUGUUUGAAAGUUAUUAACUUUCUCGUGCUUUUUCCCCUUUCCUCUCAACAGACUGUAAACCCAAUCCUCAUUGUUAUAAUGGUCCCAGUUGUAGAUGCUGUUGUUUAUCCUCUAAUUAAGAAAUGUCACAUUAAUUUCACGUAAGUGAAUGUGGUGAAAUUCAGCUAGUUGGGCGGCAGUGGGGAAAACAUACAGACUAGGUGGGGUUGGUAUUUAAAAACAUUUUUAAUAUGACAAUUGCUCUCCAAAGUUUAGGCAGAACCGCACAACGAAAAAAUUCCUGAAAAUUAUCUUCAGAUGAAUUUUGGUCUUACCCUCAGGCAAAUGGAAAAAAAUGUGGCUUUAUUGCUGAGCAUCAAUAACUAAAACUAGAGCACUUAUUCUAUGGGCUAUUGCUUCAUAUGCGAAGGGAAGAUUUUGUGAUGUCUGAAAGUGGCCGGAAUGAGCUUUGAGCCUGCCAUCUUCCUUAAGUGCUAUAAAUAAUGUAGUGAAAAAGCUAUAAACAAUGUGGCUUUCUGGAGAAUUUAGGCUAGUAAUUAGUGUUAUAGAGACCCUAAAAGCCAUGGGGAUAUUUAAUAAGUUCCAUCUUUGCAAGCAAUUUUUCUAUGGACUACUGGAGAAUAUUUCUAAGAUGCUCACAGGGAUAGUUUAAAAUGUGCAAAGGGGCAAUUUUAAUCAUUUUCAAAGACUUGUAAGCAGCAGUGGGUUUAAAUUUCAAAUUGUGGCAGGGAACCUGUGGCUGUUCAGAUGUUAUUGGGCAGCAGUUCCCAUCAGCAUCAUCCAGCACGGCCAGUGAGCAGGGAUGACGGGAGUUCUAGUCCAACAAAUAUCUGGAGAGUUUCAGAGAGUUCCCUGUCAUUGUUCCAAGCCAAGUAUGCUUCUGAAAAUCUGCUUUCUCCAUCUUCCUUCACCAGCCCUCUGAGGAAGAUGACAGUUGGCAUGUUGUUGGCGGCUUUGGCAUUUGUCGUUGCUGCUGUGGUGCAGGUACAGAUAGACGUAAGUAAAAAAAAAUCUAGCAAGGCCUAACCAUUUAGCUUUUUGUCUUCAUUUUUACCACUAAGGCAAAGAACAGAGGUUUGAUUUUGAAGUAUUAAAAAUUGUUUAUACAAAUCAGACAAACAGAAAUACCAAAUCCUGCAAAUAAAGCAUACAAUGAAAAUUUGAAAAUAUUUAACAUGCUCCCCCCCCAACAUCCUUCUUAGCAAAUUCAUAUAUGAGGGAAUGCUGAAAAGAUAGGGUGAAUUAUUUUUAUGGGGAAAACAAGAGACCACUUUGGAGAACAUGGAGUUGAAUAGGGUCAAAAUUCAUCUGAGAAGGGAAGGCCACAAUUCAGUAGCAGAGGACAUACUUUGCAUUCAGAUGGUCUCCAGUUACAGCACCAGUAAGGUAAAGGGUAAAGGGACCCCUGACCAUUAGGUCCAGUCGUAGCCAACUCUGGGGUUGCGGCGCUCAUCUCGCUUUAUUGGCCGAGGGAGCCGGUGUACAGCUUCCGGAUCAUGUGGCCAGCAUGACUAAGCCGCUUUUGGCGAACCAGAGCAGCGCACGGAAACGCUGUUUACCUUCCCGCCGGAGUGGUACCUAUUUAUCUUACUUGCACUUUGGCGUGCUUUCAAACUGCUAGGUUGUCAGGAGCAGGGACCGAGCAAUGGGAGCUCACCCCGUCGCGGGGAUUCAAACCACCGACCUUCUGAUUGGCAAGUCCUAGGCUCUGUGGUUUAACCCACAGCGCCACCCGCGUCCGUUACAGCACCAGUAUAUCUAGUUAAAUGGAUAUAAUGUACUAGGCAUACUGACAGAUGACCUGUCUUAAGGCAGCUUCAGGUUUUCAUACGAUGAUAUAAAAUACAACAGAGAAAAGGGGUGGAAGGAUCUGUCAAUUUUGGUUCUUUCGGAUUCUCUUUCUUUUCCAGUCAGGAGAACAAAAAAAGGGGGCUCUGUGGAAAACGGGAAAUGGUUGAGGGCUCCCCUUUCAGCUCAGGAAUAGUUAUUAAGAGAGAGGCAGAGCCUAGUUUGCUAGAGACAAAGCAGUAAGCUGGAAAGAGACAGAGCAAUGCUUGAUUCCUGUUUGAAUCCAGGGCUGCGGCUGUCGGGGAAACAGGCCCUCUUGGGGUGUUGAUGCUGUGAACCUCUGCAUUGUAGACUCAGGUUGUAUAUAUGUGUAAAUAAAGUAUAUAUCACAAGGACACCACAAUCUCUGCUUCAUUUCCAAAGUAAACACAAACCCUAGCCUAGAAUCCCUAGAAUUUUGCACUGCUUGGAGAUUAGGGUGGCAUGCAACCUCCCUUCUUACUUUUAUAAGGGAUUAAAUACUGGCCAUGGACGCGGGUGGCGCUGUGGGUUAAACCACAGAGCCUAGGACUUGCCGAUCAGAAUGUCGGUGGUUCGAAUCCCUGCGACGGGGUGAGCUCCCAUUGCUUGGUCCCUGCUCCUGCCAACCUAGCAGUUCGAAAGCACAUCAAAGUGCAAGUAGAUAAAUAGGUACUGCUCCGGCGGGAAGGUAAACGGCGUUUCCGUGCGCUGCUCUGGUUCACCGGUGUUAUGUACUGAAGUUAUCACCCUGGGCCAGCAGGGGGAUACUGUAGAUAGUUAUGCAAAUGAAGGAUCGAAAGUGACGUUCAGUGAUUGGAUAGUUUGUAUGCAAAUGAAGGAUCGAAAGUGACGUUCAGUGAUUGGAUAGUUUUAGAAAGUUGUUACAGUAACAAGGUAGUGGAGCUCUAUAUAAGCAGGCUGACUGAGCCCUUCAGUUCAGUUCUGUUCCAGCUUACAAAUAAAGAGCUGCUUUGGAAGAAUCGCUGUCUCGUCUGAUAUGUUCACCCACAACGUAACAGCCAGAAGAGGUUUAGUCAUGCUGGCCACAUGACCUGGAAGCUGUACGCCAGCUCCCUUGGCCAGUAAAGCGAGAUGAGUGCCGCAACCCCAGAGUCAGCCACGACUGGACCUAAUGGUUAGGGGUCCCUUUACCUUUACCUAAAUAUUGGCCAUAUGGGUAGAGUCACACUUGCAGGGCAGAAUUUGAGAAAUGUAGGGUGAGUUAGUGUUUCCUUUCUCCCACCCAUUAUACUUCCAUGCAAGUUUCCUCCUCAGUUAUGCAACUUACCCUGAGAUGGACUAAUUUGCCUUUGGAGCCCAGCUGAGAGAGGGGGGAGGGGAAACACCUAUUUUAAAGGCCUGGGGAUUUGCCAGAGAAAAUCAGUAGCAGUGGGAAGGUUUAAGCAAAUGACUUUGCUUCCAUAUUAGUAUUUUAUGAAAAACAAAAGAUUUGGAAACUUUAGGUGUUUCUUUUAAUGUAUGGUUUUGCCCUGGGAAAGAAAGAGGUGCUUUUUAAAAAAGGUGACCCUUUUCUUUUUACACAUUUUUCUUCCUCUACAGAAAACUAUUCCAGUUUUUCCUGCUGCAGGCCAGUCCCAAAUCAAAAUAAUAAAUAUGGGGAACACCAGUGCAACAGUUAACUUUACUGGUACCAAUCAGACUGCUGAAGUGGGUCCUGCAAAUUCAGUAAGUUUUGAGAAUCAAUUUUGCAUUUAAUUUUAACUUUUGUAUUAUUUGAAUCUGUGGCAUGUGCUUUUUUUGGUAAUAACUAUUCCAUUUAUUCAUGUUUUGGUGUUUUCACUGGUGGAUGGUUUGCGAUUUAAAUAGUCCAAAAGUGGAAAUGGUACACUGAAAUUCCAUUUAGAUCCCACUUUAAUGUCCAAUAGGGUUCUCGGGACAGCUUCAGUCAGUGCUUUCUUUAAGAAAAAAAAGGUGCUUACCAUGAAGUUGUUACCCUAAGUGCCACAACAUCUGGAAAAAGGUGCUGGUACUGUGUACAUUCGAGUACCUUUGAGUACCCCCAGAAAAAAGCACUGGCUUCAGUAGCUAGGCAAAGCAAUUAUUUUCCAUAUUUUCCAUUGCAACAGAAAUAUUUCCCUUCAUUCUUAUUUUUUCUAAUCUAAGGGUGGUUUUACCAAUCUAAGUUUUACUUAGAAUAAGCCCUUUAAAAUGAAUGAACAGGGCUAAAGUCCAUUAAUUUCAAUGGGUCAACUUUGGGUAAAACUUACUCUGUAGAGUUGUUGCUUAUAGCUUAUCCUUCUUAAAAUGUGAUAGUUUGUACAAGAUAUCCUAAAUGGAGUGCAAUUUCUUAUAUCCUGGAACUGGUGCUUCUGUUAUAUCCCCAAACAUUGUUUUUGGUUUCUUGUUUUAUUAACAGCAUCCCCCUUAGCUCCAGGUCUAUCUCAGUUGGAUUCAGCGGCGGAGCAAGUCGAUUGGGUGCCUGGGGCGGCGUGUGUGCCCUGAGCCCAGGGCAGGACGCUCCGCGGGGCCUCCAAGCAGUCUGCCUGCCUCCUCCUACUCAGUCGCUCAGCUGAGGGGGAGGUGGCCGGUGGACCAUUUGGAGCAGCGCGGAGUCUGGGUGCACUCAAGCCACCUUGUCUCUCCCAGGAGAGAUGCAUGGCUUGGGUGCACUGCAGGCCCUGCGGUGAGUGCCACCCGGCAUUUUGUCACCCCCUCAGUGGUGACACUCGGGGUGGACUGCCACACCGCCCCCUUCCUCCACCACUGGUUGGAUUACCAUGAAGGUUGUUAUACUCCAGUUUUUCAUGUUAUGAAAAGAAGGAAAAGGUUACAGUGGUACCUUGGGUUACAUACGCUUCAGGUUCCAUACGCUUCAGGUUACAGACUCUGCUAACCCAUAAAUAGUGCUUCAUGUUAAGAACUUUGCUUCAGGAUGAGAACAGAAAUCGUGCUCCAGCAGCGCGGCAGCAGCAGGAGGCCCCAUUAGCUAAAGUGGUGCUUCAGGUUAAGAACAGUUUCAGGUUAAGUACGGACCUCCGGAACGAAUUAAGUACUUAACCCGAGGUACCACUGUACAUCAGUGUUGAUUUACUACCUCUUUUGAGAGGGAGGGAGAGAAACAAACAAGCAAGCAAGCAAGCAAACAAACAAACAAACAAACAAACAAACAAACAAACAAACACCCUAUGAUCUUCACAUGCACUGUGUGUAGCUGUAAUUGUUGUGAUCUGUAAUAUAAGAGGCAAGCUGAGCUUUAUCAAAGUUCUUUGGUGAAAGGAAUGUUAACUGUUUCAUUGUAUUUUAUCUUUGUUUAUAGACAGACUACUUCACUUUUGACACAACCGAGUUAAAAAAUAUUGAUAUAAACUUUGGGAAGGAAUUUUUUAAUCAAACGUUUGUUUACGUGGGAAAAGAACGUCACACCCUUCAAAUAUCAAAUAGAGCUGGGGUCCAAGCUGAGCUGGUAAGUCAGUUUAAAAGCUAGUUAAGAAACCAGCCUUCUAGUUUCUGUUGCAUAUGAAAAUAAUACUCAGGAAGUCCAAUGCCAGGUAGAUACUUCUGGCAACUUUCUGGAAAAAAACUGUCUUCGUUGGAAGCCUGAGGGAAACUGAAGCACAUAAAAGGGCUGAUACAGCUGUACUAAUAAAACAUUUUAAGUGUGUUUACAACAAAUUAUAGUGCAUUAUACAAAUUAAGUGCAUUAUACAAAUGUGACACUAGAUGGUGAUGGUGAGCUAUGGCAAAUUCAAUAUAUUUUUCAAAACUUUAAAAUAAAAAAUAAAAAAUUCCACAACGUUUUUUAUUUGUGUCUAGAUUCCACCGACGUUAAUCUUGGUUAAGGAUAACCAGAGUUCUGUAUUCACCAGUGUUGAUAGCUGACUUCAAAUCCUUGUUAGGAGGGCAGUCUGUUGUCCUCAACGGUGAUUAACACUGAUGCUAAUUAACACUUGGCUUGUAAUUCUAUACAGAGGUGCAGCCAGGGUUUGCAAGGCCCUCCCCCAGGACCACCCUGAGAGUUGCAGUUGUUGGGGGGCAGGGACAAACAGGCCCAACAUCUGCACUUGGUCAGGAGGCAGCCAGCUAGGCAUGUACCUGGUUACAGGUGCUCACGCUAUUGUUUUGAAUUUAGAAUAUAUUACCCUUUUCUAAAACAUAGUGGUGCUUAUUCCCAGGUAAAUGUGUUCAGCAUAAUCACGAUGCUACGAUGAUUGAAAUGUUUUCGAAAUGUAAAACCACACAUGAUCAAAGUUUUUUUUUUUUUAAUGGGCUUGGCAAGCCUUCUCCUGCUCUAACAUAUCAGGAAUGAAGAAGCAUUUCUAAAACAUGGAAUAGCAGCGGUGGAGCCAGGGAGAAGGGAAAUGUUAAUGAUGUGGUUCACAACUAAAAUAUCACACAUGGCUGCCUGAAGGAGACCUUGUGAGACCAUUAAAUCCAAGGUCUAAAACUGCCUAUGAUGUUAUGGUCCAUGGAGGCAUAUCCCAGGAUCCAUAUUUCUCCAUCUUCACCCAUAUUUCAAAAGUCCACCCCUGUUUUCAGUUGCAUGAGCAUUUUAAUAUGGGAGUAUUGAUUCAAGUUGAACAAGAACUGUUUAUGAAUGCUGAAUUAUCGUUUGUACAAAGCAUUGGUUAAAAAUGAAUGGCAUUAUAAAAUAGCCAUUAGACUCCUCUAACCCGAAAUCUCCGUUCUCUCAGCUUGUGGAUGGCCUCACAGAAAAACCAGAGCAAGGAAACAAUGAGAUCAGGUAAUAUAUUCAUUUUUAUGUUUUUAAAUUUUAUUUUAGAAAUUGACUUCUGUUCAAAGGGAAACGAGUCCUGUGUCAUUUUCCCCACCUUAAUCACUAGUGAUUUUCAAAACAUAGGGCAUUCUGCUGCAAGUUCCUCUGCUCUGCUCCACACAGCCAGUCCACCUGUUGCUGCCUACUUGUGGGUACAGAACAACUACGUGUAGUGAUGUGUUGACUAUCCCUAGGCCUAGUGUAGUGGGGCUGAACUUUUUGGCAGUAUGCAUGCAUGGACUAUAAUGUUUCAUUCCUGUCUGAAUGAUGCUUCAACAGCAAUGGGAUUUCAUAAGAUAUAACAACUUCCUUUAACAAAAAUUGGAGCAACUGAGAAACGGAGCUUUUCGGCUACAUAAUUUUUUAAAAAUCUUUCUUAACAAAGUUGUUCAGCAACAUCUGGAGGGCCAAAGGUUCACCAUUCUUGAGUUAUCCAUUACAGUGGUACCUUGGGUUACAUACGCUUCAGGUUACAUACGCUUCAGGUUACAGACUCCACUAACCCAGAAAUAGUGCUUCAGGUUAAGAACUUUGCUUCAGGAUGAGAACAGAAAUCGUGCUCCGGUGGCGCAGCAGCAGCAGGAGGCCCCAUUAGCUAAAGUGGUGCUUCAGGUUAAGAACAGUUUCAGGUUAAGAACGGACCUCCAGAACGAAUUAAGUACUUAACCCGAGGUACCACUGUAUAUAAAUGAAAGAAGAAAUAUGUCCUUUCACUUAAGUUACACAGACCUUCAAGUCUUGGGUGUCACAAAUUCAUAUUACCUUGCAUAGAGUCUCUGGACUUCAUAGUUUGUAUUAAUAGUUUGAUACAAACGUCUGGGAAUGCUUGCUAGUGCUCAUAGAAGUUGGCCAAGGAUGAUGGGAGUUUAGCAUCAACUGAUGGGCCAAAAGUUCCCCACGUCUACAAUAACUGAUAAAUUGUGUUGUUUAAAAACACUUAAUUUAAAUCAUGUCUUAAAGGUUCAUAAACAAUAUGGAUUCAACUAUUAAUAUCACUAUGGAUGGAGUUACCUUUGGAUAUGUGGAUUAUUUUUCUGCCACAAACUACACGGCUUUCCAAAGAGGAGAGUAAGUAUUACUGUUUGUUUGCCAGAUUUUUUAAACCUGCCCUUCACCAAAAGAUCAUGGGGUGGGUUACAACCAUAUAAUAUAUGCCAUAAUUUUCCAUGUAUAGGAUGCCCCUGUGUAUAAGACAACCCCUAUUUUUUUUGAACCCCUAAUUAAGAAAUCAGUAUUUUUAAACUUUUGGGGGGGAUCUCAAAGUUGUUGAGCUACUUUGGGGUGAUUGCCCUCAAAGUUAUUGAUCGCCCUACUGAAAACCGUGUUUAAAACCCCCCAUUUUUACUCAAAAAAUUAAGAAAAAACCAUCGUCUUAUACACAGAAAAAUACGGUACAAGUAAAAACUUUAGUUAUAAAACAAAUAAUUGUCUUAUUGCAAUUAUUUGUCUCAGUGCCAACAUUUGUUUGAUGAAGUGGGUUCUAGUCCAUGAAAGCUUAUGCUACAACAAAUCUGAGUAUCUUUAAGGAACUGAGAAUACUCAUAGGAUGUGUGCUUCAAUAGACUAGGGUAUAUUAGGCAGAAAAUCUGUGACUGGAUCUCUGAAUGUAUUUUUCACUGCAAUAGAGCUAUGAGGCCCGGAAUUUGAUUGAUAAACUGGUGAUGGUGGAGAUAUUUUUAGUCCCUCUUGCACUGUACUGUUUGCCUGUUCUAAAUGGCCCCUUCAAACUGCUGUUAGUCUUGUGAGGGAGAAAAUGUGCACACUUUUUGUAAUAAUAUGACGGCAGCCACCACAAAAAAUACUGCUGCUGUCAGGGGCUGCCAUUUUCCCCGCCAUGCCCUGGAACAAAUGCAAAGUCCAAGGUAAUUAUGAGUAAAUAAAAUGCUGGCUGCCAGAAGACAGGUGGUGGUGGUGGGAGUCAGCUCGAAAAGAGAGAAGAAGAUUCAAAUGUGAGAAAACAGAUGCAUGCUUGACCAAUAAGCGUGGGUGAGUUUUGGAAGAUUGCAUUGGGGUUGGCAGGAGAGAAAGCUGUGUAAAGCAAAUGCUCUUUUUCUAGACCAGCUGGAUGGGACCCUCUGGCUUGUAGGUGGAUUUUGGCCCACAAGGCCUCUCCAUUUCACCUGCCAAGGCCAUAUUCCCCAAACCACAUCCACCUGCUCCAUACCUGAAGUCAUAUGUAAUGUCAAGUAUGGGACAGUUACAGAUGUGACUAGAUCGACUGCUUUCAGAAAGCGGGAUUAAACUUGGUCAGCGACUCCCCUUUACCCUUGCAGGCCAGCUUUGACAGGGCCUGCCAAUCAUCAUCAUGGUGUCGGAUUAUUGGCAGGUGAAAUGGAGAGGCCUACCCACCUGUCAAAGAUACAGAUUUAGCCUGCCAAGCCGAAAAGGUUGCCCCCUCUUGUUCUAGAGCCUCCUAGUUCCUGGUGAGAAGUCAUUAAGGAAACAUGCAUUAAUUGGGGUAGUUUUUACUUUUUAAAUGCUAUGGCAGACAUAGGCAAACUCAGCCCUCCAGUUGUUUUGGGACUACAACUCCCAUCAUCCCUAGCUAACAGGACCAGUGGUCAGGGAUGAUGAGUUGUAGUCCCAAAACAGCUGGAGGGCCGAGUUUGCCUAUGCCUGUGCUAUGGAAUAAUAUAAUUCAUUCUGAUCACUAGUAACGAUGGUGCACUGGGAGAGUGGUCAGAAAAACUUCCUUAGACAAUAUCCUGCCACAGCAAGCUUUAGAACUGGGAGUAAGCCGUUAACCCGAAAUGCACAUGGUUAAUGACUGUAAGCUGAACAAAUAAUGCUCAGGCUGUUGCUCUUAAUACUAGCUCUUCUUCUUCUUCUUCUUCUACUACUACUACUACUACUACUACUACUACAGCUUCAUAUACCGUAAGUGAAUUAAAUUGGGUAGGUUGUGAUCAGACUUCAUUUACCCCCUCCCAUCUUUCCUCCCAGAAAAGAAAUCACUGUUACCAUUCUCAGCAAUCUUCGUAACUGCAGUGGCAAGUCUUUGACAUUUGGGUAUGGCAGCGCUUACACUAUCAUAGUAGAUGGGGUAAGUUGUUUUGCUUAUCUUUAAGGAAUAUUGAAACACCACUGGCAGUUGAAUGAAAGUUUCUGGGUACCUGUUAACAAUGGUGCAUGAAUUAUUCCACAUGAAUUAUAAUGGUGUUUUUAUCCUCGUUAUGGCUUGCUAUCUGACCAUAAAUAUCAAGAUUAGGGAGUCUGUGACCCUGCAGCUGCCAUUAUCCUUGACCAUUCUCAAUGCUGGCUAAGACUGAUGAUAGUUGGAGCCCAACAGUAUCCAGAGGCUCACCAGUACCGAUAUAUAACAAAUAUCACAUCAUAACCAUACCAAAGUUACCAAAGUAAAAUAUAUAUGACUAGAAGUAUACUGCUGUUGUAAACACAUGUAAAAGAUUAGCACUGAAGAGUUGGUAUAGCUAAUGAUGGAAGUCACAGUAAAUGUAAAUAGGAUCUGUUUAAACUUAAAAUACACAAGCCACUUUAUAAUUCAAAGGCUUUUGGUUUCAAAUUAAAAUAUACCUGGAUGAUCUGCUAUCUAUUGAAGAUUUAGUUCCUAUCUGUCUGACUAUAGACUAUCUGACUUUUAGAAAACCUCUGAACGCAGCCAUGUAUAGGGAAGUUUUUAAUGUUUGAAAUCUUAACUGUGUUUUGAUUUGUUGGAAGCUGCCCAGAGGGCUGGGGCAACUCAGUCAAUUGGGAUUAUUAUUAUUAUCAUCAUCUGGUAGUCAUAAUAUACAACUCCCAUACUUAAUCCAUAGUCAUGUGCUCUUCUCUGCACAUUGAUCUCUUUAUAUGAACAUGCUUUCCCAUUCACUUUAGUGGAGACUGUAUCUCCCUUCAAGCAUUCCCUUGUUUCUUCCAUUGAAAUGAAUGGGGAGUCUUUGGUGACAUGGAAGCUCUGUCAGUGUGCACAGUGGAGAUUUUGUAGCCAUCAGAAUCUCUGGACGAGUGCACCUGAGAUCACUGUGUUUCUCAUUGUUGAUUUGCUUAUAAUAAUCUUUUUUAAUGUGAACAACUUAAAAAAGGGGUAGUCUUUUGCAGUUAUUCAUAUUUUACGUCUUCAGUGUCAGUUUACGCUGUGAUUAAAGUUAUUUUUAAUUUGUGCUGCCUAUUUAAAAUGCAGGGCUUUGUGUGGAUUAAUAUAAUUUGGUUUUCCUUUCAGUGCAACAGCAGUGACGUACUCCUCAACUAUGUUGAAGACAUUCAACCCAACACAAUCAGUAUGGCCUGGCAAAUUCCUCAGUAUUUCAUUAUCACCUGUGCCGAAGUGGUCUUCUCAGUCACUGGACUAUCGUUUUCAUAUGACCAGGUAGAUGACUUUGCUUGAGAGAUUUCUCAGUUGCAACGGUAGCCUUGAGAUGUUAUAAAGUAGAAACACAUGCAGACUGCUCCCAAGGAAAGACCGGCAGUAGGAUUUGCAAGUGAGCUUGUAGAAUCUAUGCAUGUCAGAUGGAUCCUAAGCCAUCUGACACACACAGCAUAGUUCUGUGAACUCAGAUUUGUAUUUUUCAAUGGUGUUCUCAUUAUGAAUAUUUUUCUAGUCCGCACAGUACUUCCCAUGUAGAAUCUGAUACAGUUCAGCCUUUCUCAACCUGUGGGUCCCCAGAUGUUGUUGAACUACAACUCCCAUCACUCCUAGCUAGCAAGACCAGAGCUCAGGGAUGAUGGGAGUUGUAGUCCAACAUCAUCUGGGGACCCACAGGUUGAGAACCACUGAUAGAGCAUGUGAUUCAGUAAAGCCAAGCUAUGGGGUUUUUUGGUGACUAGGUGUGAUCAAAAAAGAACAAAGAAUUCUACUCUGUUCCAGAAGUAAUUUCUUAGCUUGCAAACGUUUACGAGCUACAUCCAACCACCAGGAGGGCAAAACUAGAUGGUGCAUAUAGCAAUCACAUCAGGAUUGUUAAAAACAAUUAAUAGAAAGCUCAGCAGAGUGGGCGGGUGGAUGCUUCUUGACAUUUUUUUCUCCAUGGGAACUGCGAUCCCAUUGCAACCCCAGUAAUUACCCCCCCGCCACGUGUGGAUGGCAUUCGCCCUAGUAAGAGCAAAAAACAAGUGUAGGGGUGAUUUUAGUUGGAACCACAGUGGGGAAGGAAAGUGUUGCAUCCUCUGCCUCCUGAGUUUGGUAUUUAAUCCAUCCCCAUAGCCUUGACAUAAUUGCUAAAUAUGCAACUGGCCCUUGAAAAGCCAAUUUUGAAUCAUAAAUAUUCAAUACUGUACCUCAAAACAAUGUGCAAUUAAAUAACUUGUUUCGGUAGGCUCCUGCAAACAUGAAGUCUGUUUUGCAAGCUGGAUGGCUGUUGACAGUGGCUGUGGGGAAUAUCAUUGUUCUUAUUAUAGCUGGAGCUUCAAAAAUUGAAGAACAGGUAAAGUAAACUUUGUCUUAACAUCAGGGCUACAAGUUUUUAUAUAUAGAUAUACUGGUGAACACCGUUGUAUGGGGAGAAAAGUCACUAAAACACAGCUCUGUUACUAUGGCAGAGUUGUAGUUUCAGUAGAAUACUGAGCAUGCAAAGAUGUCAAUACGAUGCACAGCAAGAAAUACAGAUGGCUUUGAAUCCUUGAUCUCUAAUGUUAGUUUUACGUGUUGGAAUCUUUGAUAUAGGUUCCAUGAAGGUAGCAGGGGUCCAGUACAUUAACAACACAAUCCUAUGCAUUCAGAAACAGGUCUUGCUGUGUUCAAUAAGGCUUGUGUGUUCAUAUGGGCUGUAUAUCUUGUAUCCUGUAUGGGUGGGGAGUGGGGAUAAGUCACUGGAGAACCUUCACACUCAACAUCUGGAACUUUAAUUUUGGUACAAAAGCAUAUGGUUAGGUCGGAGAACUUCAGGAAAUCUGGUGAUUCUGGAUGGUAGCAAUUGUUUUUUUUUUAAAAAAUUAUUUUUAUUAACAAACCAAUCAAAUCACAUUAGUUCCAAAUUACAGAGCCAAAUUUUAAAUUUUUGUUGGGGGUACCCAUGCUUCGAGCUCAGAAAGGGAUCCAAUCAUCUCUAUUGCUGCUGCUUUGAUAUUCGCAGUUCUGUCCAAUUAAUAUUCACAGUUCUGUCCAUUCCUCUCUUUGUUGUUUUCCUCAUCUCUUCUUGUUAUCGUAUAUUUUUCCUUUCUUUGUAACCUCUGAUAGUUGGAUGGUAGCAAUUGUGACAUGACUUGCAUCUAAAGAUGGAAGACUUCAAUUAACGAAUCAGAAGUUUUAAGUUUUUGCAGAGCACAAUUUUGUAGCCCAUGUACUAGCAGUAGUAAUAAUAGCAUAGCCAAAGAAAGGUUCUGUUAAACCUAUAGAAAUGGAAAUCUCUAGAUACCAGAAUUUCCGUGUUAAGUGCCAGACACAAUCCUACAAAAAUUACCCCUGUUCCUUAUCCACUGCCUUUGUGGAGUGCAAGGAAAUUUGUUCCCCAUCAGGCUGCAACCCCGCUUAUCUGAGAGUAAACCACAUUCAAUUCAACAGGACUUAUUUCUGAGUAGACACAGUUAGGAUUGCAAUCUCAAUUUUCCUGAACCAUGUGCUACUUCCUAAAAGAGGUAAGCUAGGCAGUUUGGAUUCCUAAGGGCACUUCAUGUGACUGUGCUAAUAUUUGAAACAAGCUUUAAAAUAAUGUAAUGACUUCUGCUAAAAAUCCUCUUGUUCUUUGAAUUAAUGCAUAAAUGCUUAUUCGUUAGCAAUAGCAUGUUGUAUAUAUAAAUAUAAAUAUAUAUAAAUCUAAAACCUUCCCCCCCUUUUUUUUUACAGUGGGUAGAAUACGUUCUGUUUGCAGCUUUACUUGUUGCAGUUACCCUUGUUUUUGCCAUCAUGGCCUAUUUUUACACUUAUGUGGAUCCAGUUGAGGUUGAAGCUCAAAUGGUAGAGGAGGAAAAGAAGAGGGAAAAGGAACCGCCAUCUUAUGAAAAUGGAAAUGCACCCGUUUUACAGACUCAGAUGUGAGCAUAUACUAAAGGCUGAAUGAGAAUAUAAACUGUCAUUGGGACAUUGGCAUCUCUAGUCCAAGACACACAAGUGCUGCCUUAUCACUGGGCAGGGAUGGUUCGUGAACACCAUCAAAAUACACCCUCCUUCCUGAGGGCAAAGAUUAAGAAAUCUGUUCUCCUGUGAAGAAAAUGAGGACCUCCCAGUUCUUUCUCAGCAGAUUUUGCACUUAAAAAGGGAUCUGAACCUAAUUACACCUGGCCACAAUGAAAAGACAUUCAAAGUAUUAUUUUUUUAUACAGAACUGCUUUAAUUUUAUGUUGUAGCAGAAGGCAAGUGCUCCUGUCUCACAAAACAUACAGGCUUUAGAGGCUCUUUGAUAUGCUGUCAAACAGAUAAUGAUUGCUAUUAUACAUAUGUGGAGGGGUUUUCCUCCUGAAAACACGUAUCUGAGCCAGUUGAAUGUUCAUGACCCUGGUAUUGCACUACACACCUCUUCCUUUGUUUUCUGCCAGAGGACUGCCAAAUCUAGCUUCAGGUGCCUACUGUGGUAGAGAUGAACAAAGAAGAAUUGCAUUAUAAAGAAGCAAAGGCAAACGAAAUAAAACUGCGACUCCAGAAAUGAAUGGUUUGGUUUACUUUCUCAGAGGAAGAAGAGAGCUGGGCUUUCUGUUUCAUUCCUGUUGAGGAUCAGGAUAGCACAGGAAUUGGCAGCCUUUUGUAAAUCCAUGGCCCCACUACAUCACCGCAACCAGGAACACACCAUUUUCAUUACAAUAAAAUGCUAAUUUAAGAGGGUGGAGGAGACUCUAUGGGGGCACCAGGGAAAGCCUACAGCCUUCAUUGGCCCUGCCUUGAGUGAUUCUGCCUGCCUAAAACAUGUCCGUGAACUCUGACAAUGCUCCUUGUCUGGGUGGAAGAUAGAGAGGAAUGCAAAUACAACCUGGUCUGCUGUACAAAGGUAAAAUUACAUUUGUAGCUUUGCCCACUUUUGCCUUUGUCCUUGCCCUCCACUCUCAUGUGGCCUUUGGAAGACUGUCCAGAAGGGAAUGUCACCUUUUGCACUGCUCCUCAUCUGUAUACUGUGCUAUUUUUCUAGAAAAAAAUAGGUGCUGGAACUCGCCAUAAACACCUCCCUCGUUCUGUUAGAAUGGCAAUGGUGCCAACUGAGUUCUGGCAAGUCUCAGCUUAAAAAAAGGCCUGUCUGUAUGACUUACAUACCACCCCCAUCUUCAGACUAUCUUAUAAACCAAAAAAGAUUAUCAAAACAAGCAACAAUCUAAAGAGAUUUCUUAAGGUAUAACAGAGAGGGAUUGGCAAUUGAUGGGCUAUGGUGAGGCCCCCUUUUCGUGGUAACAGACCAGGGCUCUCUUCAGCCACAUUACUGCAAAUUCCAGGACACAUGGAUGUUAGACUGGAGUAAUUAUACACUGCUGCUACCGGGACCAUAGGAGUUUGUUAAAAGUCGGAAGCAUUGAUAGAAGGAUUUUGGGAGAUCCAUGUAUAUGUGGGUGGAAGGAAGGAUCAGAUCAAGUAAAAUAAAUAAUUAAAUCAUCCACUGGCCAUCAACAUAUAAAACUAAAAGCCUAUAAAAUCCCUUAGCCCUCCACUUAGUUGCAUAAUAAAUAUGAUAUACAGUACAUUUAGAUACAAAGAGUGGAAGGGCGAGGGAUCACCAGCGACAUGGCAGGGAACAACACACCCACAUUCCCCUUCCAGCACAUUAGCUUGGCUUAUAUGAAUCUAUAAGACAUGGGUUCUGAAUUUAUGCUUUAAGAAAGGGUAUGCUGUAUUAUGAGGGAUGCGGGUGGCGCUGUGGGUUAAACCCCAGAGCCUAGGACUUGCCGAUCAGAAGGUCUGCAGUUCGAAUCCCCACAACGGGGUUAGCUCCCGUUGCUCAGUUCCUGCUCCUGCCAACCUAGCAGUUCGAAAGCACAUCAAAGUGCAAGUAGAUAAAUAGGUACCUCUCCGGUGGGAAGGUAAACAGCGUUUCCGUGUGCUGCUCUGGUUCGCCAGAAGUGGCUUAGUCAUGCUGGCCACAUGACCUGGAAGGUGUACGCCUUGGCCAAUAAAGCGAGAUGAGCGCCGCAACCCUAGAGUCGGUCACGACUGGACCUAAUGGUCAGGGGUCCCUUUACCUUUACGCUGUAUUAUAUUUGUAUACUGCUCUAUACCCACAGGUCUCAGGGUGGUUACAACAUAAAAUCAAAAUAUGAAAACACGAAAUACAUAAUAAAAACAAAAAAACAUGAUAUAGUUGUGAUCCCAUUAAUAGUUUGGGUUUCUAAUUGUACCCACCUAUUGGUAUCAUCCAAUGUGUGGGAAACAAAAUGUCUAAUUUGGUUUGCUUGGCAAUACUUAGUUAAAUCAGGAAGCCCCCCCCCCCCAAUUUUAAAGGUAAGCACAGCAGCUUCCCACCUUUUCUAGGUCAUUUGCAAGCAAAAAUAAAAUAAUUCAGCUGCCGCUGCCAGCUCCAAAGCUGUUUAAAAGAAACUGAAAUUGGUAAGCUCUGAAUAAGAAAAGUUAGCUUAGGAGGAACAAUAGUUUUAACCAACGCUAACCUUUCAGGAACCUUCAAAAUCAUUUCCCUCCACCUUUUUUUGUCGCAAGAGAUCGGUUGUCAAAUGGGUUUAAAUUGG